AAAAACUGUCAAUUGUUUUUCUCUUCAACGCCUUUCAAUUACCCAAUUUCAUAAAUGUAACUCAAAGUUCACCAAACACUACCACCAAACUUUAAAAAAAAGAUCAGAAUAAAGUAUCUACUGUCUCACGCACACGCAUUUAAAUGUCUGUUUGAAUGCGCUUUGAUUAAACAGUACCGAUUUAGAUAAUUUAAGUACGUCCACGGUCUUAUAUAUCCGUCGGUGGUUAGUCUAUGAAAAAAAUAGAAAAUUGCUUCUUUCCGGUCUCAAGUCAAGAAAAGGUGUUAGCGCGGUAUGCUUUUGAAAUGUUUUUUUAGCCUUCUCUACAUUUAUCUUUUAAUACUACAUAUUUGGUUUGGCUGGUUCAAAAUGUUCAUUUGCCUACCGACUGCACAGCACGCAUUGCGACGAACGGAGCGGCGCGAUUGCGCGCGCAUCGGCUGUGCCCGUAACACUGCACGGUCAUUGAAAUACCUAUUUGUUAGUUUUCAAUUUAACACAACAUCGCAUAUUUUUUUAAAAAGUGCCUUUAUAAAUGAAAAAAAACCGUUAAGAGAUAAUUUUUAAGUAGUUUAAUGUACAAUAACAACAGAAUGCUGGCAAAACGAAAUAUGUUUUUAAUAAUUAAUUUCAUUUCAUUCUUAAUGCAAGAGGUUAUAUAAACAUAGGUACUGAAAUACACAAAUGGUCGCGAGAAACGGCAAUGAAAUGGAUUCCGGUGCUCUCGAAACGAAUAAUAUUUAUUUAUGUUAUACUAAUAUUUCUACUUUACAUAAUUUAUGUUCUGAAUACUUGUUUAGUUGACGAAAGCCAGUUAAAGGGGAAGUACUUACUUAUAAAGCGUCACAUAUCGAAAUAUAAAAGUGCAACUGUACGUUUAGCAUCGUUUUUGGGUAUAGAUUUGCACAGCCGAAUUACUUAUCCGAAUGGAGAGUCCGUCAAGAAAUUACCUGAUGCACUUAUAAUCGGUGUUAAAAAAUGCGGUACUCGAGCUCUUUUGGAAUUCUUAAGAAUACAUCCUGAUGUGCGUGCCGCGGGAUCUGAAGUUCAUUUUUUUGACAAGUUUUACCAUAAAGGUUUCGAAUGGUAUCGGGAUAAAAUGCCAUCAACCACCGAGGGUCAGAUCACGAUGGAGAAGACGCCUUCGUACUGGGUGACUAGGUCAGCACCGAAGAGAGUGUACGCCAUGAAUCCAUCCGUUAAGCUGCUAGCAGUUGUGAGGGAUCCAGUCACAAGAGCCAUUAGCGACUAUACCCAGUCCGCGAGCAAGAGGCCAUCAUUACCCCGUUUCGAGGACUUGGCAUUAGUGAACAGUACUGUGGGUUGGGGCGGGGUUCGAUGGUCCGUAGUGGACGCGUCUUGGGGCCCCGUGCGGCUGGGCGUGUACGCGCGCCCGCUGCGACGCUGGCUGCGCCGCUUUCCCAGGGGCCGCCUGCUGCUCAUCAACGGGGAGAGGCUGGUCAGCGAGCCGGCCAAGGAAAUGGCCAGGGUGCAGGACUUCUUGGGGCUGAAACGUGUAAUAACAGAGAAACAUUUCUACUUCAACUCAACUAAGGGAUUUCCCUGUUUGCUCAAACCCGACAGCAAAUCAACACCUCAUUGCUUGGGCAAGACUAAAGGCAGGAGUCAUCCUCACAUUGAUCCGGUGGCAAUAGAGCGGCUGAGAGACUUCUACAGACCGUUCAAUGAAAGAUUUUACCAACUCUCCGGGAUUAACUUCGGAUGGCCUUGAAGUGCUGUGAUUUUUGUAUGACGAAUAAUUGAGUCGGAUUGUUCAUUUGUUAUCGCGCCGCGAGUGCGUUUACUUUAUUACUACAUGUAUUGACAGUUGCUUAUUUAUGUCGCGUACAUAAAUAAGCAAGCUUUCUGCUCCACGAGUAGAUUUGAUAUCGAAUCUAUUAAUACUGUCAUGUCUGCACUUCUCUAGGCUGUUCGUGUUUAUUAUGUUUUUGGACGUUAGAAAGAAGGAGAACGAUCGCUGUAGAAAAUAAUGUCCCAGAAAUAUGGACAAAAUAAGUGAGGCGCUGCGAUCGAUAAGUUGUCCAACAAAAGCGGGCUGUUGUGCGCUAAUUUGAAAUGACCAAUGCCGCGAAGAAAUUUUGUAGAUUAUUCAACUAACUUCAUCUACUUGUUACUCAUAAACAGCUAACUUCACAGAUACUACUUACCGACUGGUGGCUGUAAAAUGAACUCUAAAUUCUACAAAAUUUUCAGGGACCGGCGGGCUAAUGCUUUAGCAC